AACUUUCACCGACAGGCAAAGACACAGAACCUUCGACGUCAUAUGACGUACAGAAUAGCCUUUUUUGACAAUACACUCGACGACAUCAUUUCCAUGCUUCCUUUUGACGUAUUCCGCCCUCUGUCACCUGCCAGAGGGAAAAUAAGUAAAAAUAACUUCCAUGAAACUUCGCCGUCGCCAGACACAGAGAGUUUUACGGCAUGUUUCCGUCCGCGUAACGUACGCGGUAAAUAAUUGUCAAUUACCAGGAAAUGACUCGUCAGAGAGCGUCCUGUGCUUUACUGUUGAGAGAGCCCCAUAUUCUCCACAAUUUCUUUCGAAUGUGUAAAAAAACGAUAUCCUUCAGAGGCCCACAUAAAUUCAACGACCCUGUUUGAAUGAAAUCCGGUAAGAUUUUGUUCCUGUUUGAGGUCAUCUAAGCCUAAUCGCUACUAUUCGUUUGGCGUUCUUUUUUCAUGUCAUUACAGGCUAAUCAGUGCAAUUUGAGCCUUCGCUGCAUUCCCACUUCCAAAUUUUUGAAGGAUAUAAACCGAGGCAUUCCGUGUUGAAUUCUCCUUUGAAACCCUAGAAACCCUCAUUGUCAUUCUUAAAGAUUUCAACAUAUAUGAGGCGCCGUAUUUUUGAAUACCCAUCUAGACAAAACUUUCAAAGUCUUUAUGAAUACAAAUUAAGGUUAUAUCUCUCUGUCAAAUACUGAUUUGAAUCCCUCAUAUCACUCUCUUGCUGAAUUAGAUCAGUUUGAGGCUGUGUGUAUAUUUGAAUGCCCAUUUGGAGAACACCCUCAAGUUGUGAAUGGUUCUUUGAAAUCCUGUUUUGGAAAAAAAAAAACACCCUAACGUUGUCAUUUCAGAAUUACACAAACUUAAGGCUCUGGAUGAGCACCCAUUGAUACAAUAAUCUCAUAUUCCGAAUGGGUGCAAACUAAAUUUAGCCUCUGUUCAGUUUUGCAUUGAUUCUCUAUAAUUUCUUGUCAGUUUUGCAAAAUUAAAUGAAUUUGAGGUUCUUGUAAAUGUCUGUUGAGUCAAGACCCUCAGAAUGCAUUUAAGUCAAGGCCAUGCUGUGUAAUUGUGUUCUGAAACUCUUACAAAUAAAGCUGAGUAUAAAGAUCCCGCAACGAUGUUCUGGCUUUUAACCCUUAGCUUUGGUCUUGAUCAGAUGAAUUUGAGACUUUUUUUUGAGAUCCGUCAAUUCCUUGUAGUAUGAACACAGCUCUUCGAGAUAUAUAGAUGCAAACUUGUGGAAGGAGUAAAAAAAUCGAACUAUAGUGUUCAGCAGCCCUAGCAAGGAUUGCCAUCGUAUGCCUGAUCGCUUGUGCACACCAAUGGCUCAAGUCAGCCUAAAUGCCUUUUCUCCCAGCUUUAAUUCCUCUUCAAUUGUGUCCAAUAAUAGCUCCUAUAGGUCUACUUCCAGCCCUAUGGGCGAAACAGGGGCUUAUUCUGUGGAUUCUUUCCCAAUUUCCGGAGGAGCCUCUAAUGGGCCUGAGAUUGCAGCGCUGCAAAAGCUCAGCACAAAUAUUGAGUCUCUUUUGAGUGGCAGUGAUUUUGAUUGCAGUGAUGCUGAAAUUGUGGUGGAGGGUCGUGGUGUACCUGUUCACAGAUGUAUUUUGGCAUCGAGGAGUCCCUUUUUCAAAGAAAAGUUAUUUUGUGGUAACAGCCAGGCUGGAAAUUCAAAGAUACGAUAUGAAUUGAAGGAUUGGGUGAUGCAGGGAAAUGUUGGCCAUGAGGCCUUUAUGAUAUUGCUGCGUUAUUUGUAUAGUGGGAAGGUGAAGGCACCGCCUCUUGAGGUUUGUACGUGUGUAGAUGCCAGCUGCGCACAUGAUGCAUGCAGGCCUGCUGUGAAUUUUGCAGUGCAGUUGAUGUAUGGGGCACAUGUUUUCAUGAUACCAGAACUUGUAUCACUCUCACAGCGACGUCUUCUGAACUUUGUGGAGAAGGCUCUAAUAGAGGAUGUAAUACCUAUUUUGGUUGCAGCAAAUUCAUGUGAGGCUGGAAAUGAUCAGUUAUUUAGUCGUUGCAUACAUCGUAUGGCUAGAUCUGAUCUUGACAUUGUAGCACUUGAAAAGGAACUUCCAAAGGAAGUUGUAGAUAUUGUGCUCAAGUUUCGAGUGGAUUCAGUUGGAACAUCAACUAUUGCACCAGCAGACAAGAAUAUACGGAGAAUUCAGAGAGCACUUGACUCUGAUGAUAUUGAAUUGGUGAAAUUACUACUGGAAGAGGGAGAGGGCCGGACAACUUUAGAUGAUGCUUAUGCCCUGCACUAUGCUGCAGCAUAUUGUGAUCCAAAGGUCACAGCAGAGUUGUUGGAGCUUCAAAGUGCAGAUGUUAAUCGUGUCAAUCAAAGAGGAUAUUCUGUGCUUCACAUAGCAGCAAUGCGCAGAAACCCUAGGACAAUUGCAGCACUCUUGACAAAAGGAGCUCGCCCUUCAGAUUUGACAUCUGAUGAUCGAACAGCACUUCAGAUUGCCAGGAGGCUAACGAGGGCAAUAGACUAUUGUCAGCCUACUAUCCAAGGAAAAGAAUCCCAUGCAGAUCGCCUAUGCAUUGAGAUACUGGAACGGGCGGAGAUAGAGAAUCCAUUGGUAUCUACAGUACCUGUUUCACUUUCUUUUGCAGGUGAGGACAUGCGGAUAAGAUUGCUCUACCUUGAAAACAGAGUUGCCUUAGCAAAGAUUCUCUUUCCCACGGAAGCAAAAGUAGCCAUGGAAAUUGCACAUGUGGACACAACUUCAGAGUUCAUAGGCUCUGGAGCUUCCAAUGCUGCACCUGGGCACAUAAGAACGGUCAUGGAUCUGAAUGAGACCCCUACUGCUGCAAUGAAGAAGAAGCUGAGUUCUAGAAUGGCAGCCCUGUCAAGAACUGUGGAGUUAGGAAAUUAUUUCUUCCCUCGAUGCUCAGAGCUCUUAAAUAGGUUUAUGGACGAUGAUUUGUCAGAGCUCACUUGUUUGGAGAAAGGCACUCCAGAUGAACAGAGAGUAAAACGGCAGCGGUUUGAUGAGCUCAAAGGUGAUCUCUCAGAAGCAUUCAGCAAGGAUAAAGCAGAACUUGAUAAGUCAGUUAUGUCAUCUUCGUCAUCUUCAUCAUCCCUAAAAGAAGGCGGCAUGCGAUACAGGACUGUGAGAAAUCGAUAAUCUGGCAUGCUUUCCAAAACGGUCUGUUUUACUUGAGAUGUUGCAAAUCUCUGACAGGUCUUCUUAAAGGAUCUUUAAAAUGAAGAGACCAUUUAUGAAGCCAGCAUGAUCUGCUCCAGAAAUGGUAGAAAUGGAACUGUAAAAAUGUUCAGCCUCAGGAUCAACAGCAAUGAUUGGUUUAACCUUAUAAACUCCUAUCGGUUAAGCAUGUGAAACCCAGAAUCACCUAUUAUUUCUUUUCCUGCAGCCACCUGUUGCAUAAAUUUUUUCGGGGGCUUUCUUAACAUGUGAAUGUUAUGAAAAUUCAAUGAUAAUAAGAAUUUACUCCAUUUAGUAUUUGUUGCAGUUAGGAUAAUGCCAGUUAAGAAGCUGGUGCCUGCAUAAUAAGCAGGUUACUGUGCAGUAGAUGAGCAUGGCAAUAGCCAGUGAUGUCUUGCAAUAGUCUUUGGCAGGCAGAGCUGUAUCUUUAUUAUUUAUACUAAAAUUCAAUUGCAUACAGCACACGACAUAGAAUUGGACAGGAAGAAUUUUUGGAGUCUUUGAUAGAUCUGUUUUAUUUUUUCUUCAAGGGUUGGUUUAUAUUAACAAUAUGAAUAUUAUGCUUUCAAUUUGUUUGAUUAUUUUUA